AUGGCUAAUGCUCGAGAGGCAGAUAUGCUGCCCCAUGUUGAGAGUUCUGAUUCCGAAGCUUUGAUAGAGGACUCGCUGAGUGAAGGUUCUGAUUCAGAUAGUUUUGCAGAUGAUUCUACUGAUGAUAAUACUGAAGAGUAUACAUGUAAAGUGGGGUUAGAUGGUAUUAAGUACUGGACGCCUAAAUGUGAUGAAGAGCAGAAACCACAGUUAAAUCAACAUUUCCCGACUUUGGAACAAGCAUAUCGAUUCUAUAGUGAAUAUGGAAGGCUUUGUGGAUUUGAUGUGAAGAAAUCAACCGAAAAAACUGACAGACGUGGCAAUUUAUCUGCAAAGUAUUAUGAAUGCAGUCGUGGAGGCAAACCCGAUACAAAAAAUUAUACAAGCUCAUUCGACAAUCCUGUCCAGGGACCACGUAAAAGAACAACUUCCAAAAGAUGCGAGUGCAAAGCUCAUAUUAUCAUAAAACCUGCUGGUCUGAGAGGUUUUGUCCUAAGUGGUUUCGUGGAGGAACAUAAUCACCCUCUGGCAAAGGGAGCGGGGAGGAUGUUUUUGCGAUGUAAUAGAAAUCUGUCACUUGCUUAUCAGAAUUUUAUAAUGGAUUGCUCCAGAGCCAACAUAGGUCCCACACGUGCGCAUAGUUUAGUGAAGGAGAUGACUGGUUCUUUUGAUGACAUCGGUGCAACUGUUGACGAUUUUAAAAAUUUUUCCAGAGAUAUCAAAAGUCGUAUUGGUGCUCACGACGCUGAUAUGCUAUUGUCUAAAUUUAAGUCGAUCAAAGAAGCCUCCAAAAGCAGCUUUUAUUAUGAUUACAAAGUUGAUAGUGAAGGGCGUCUGACUGGCCUUUUCUGGACAGAUGUUGUUGGGCAAGCCAAUUAUGAUGUGUUUGGCGACAUCGUGUCCUUUGAUCCGACAUUCCGCACAAACAGGUACAACAUGGUUUUUGUACCCUUCACCGGUGUCAAUAAUCAUUGGAAAAAUGUUACUUUUGCUGCUGGACUUUUAGAGAAAGAAGAUUACAAAAAUUUUAAGUGGAUAAUCAAUACCUUCGAGGAUGCAAUGGGUCGUGCUCCCAAAACAGUUAUAACAGAUCAAUGUAAAGCUAUAAAGAAGUCUCUGGAUAAAUGGUGGCCUUCUACCACUCAUCGCCUUUGUAUGUGGCACAUUAUGAACAAGCUUCCAAUGAAGGUUGGUCCUAAACUAGCCUCAAACAAAAAGUUUGUAGAUAGAUUGAAGUCGGUUGUGUACUCUGAUCAUCUUACACCCAUAGAGUUUGAGAACGAUUGGAAAGGUGUGAUGGUAGAAUUCAAAUUAGAGGAUAAUGAUUGGUUGAAUGAGAUGUAUGACAUACGUGAUCAAUGGAUUCCUGCCUAUUUCUCUAAUAUUGAAAUGGCUGGACUUCUCAGAACAACCUCACGGUCUGAGAGUUCAAACUCUUUUUUCCAGCAUUUCCAUGAGAGCGGGAACAAUCUCGUUGAAUUCUACUCUCGUUUUGAAAGUGCUAUGGACAAGCAGCGCCUUAGAAAUGACACUGAUGACAAGAGAUCUCAGGAGACACCACAUAUGGAGACGUCAAUGCGUAUAGAGUUAGAGGCUUCUAAGGUGUAUACAUUGGAAAUUUACUAUCUUGUGAGGGAGGAAAUUAAGUCAGGAUGCUAUCAUAAUAUUCUUGAUGAUAGAAUGAUAGGCAUCGAUUCCUCAACCUUUAAAUUUAAAGAUGAGCUACUGAACAACAAGAUUUUUGAGGUGACUGUGCGACACUGUGAUAAUUAUGUUGAGUGUAGUUGCAAGUUUUUUUUCCGAAAAGGAUAUCUUUGCAGCCACGCCUUUGCUGCCUUGCACCAUUGUGGGGUAAAAGUAAUCCCUCCUGAUCUUGUGAAGCCACGCUGGACCAAGGACGCAAUUCAAAAGCACUCGUUUUUGUUCUCUUCUGACUCACCUCAUGGCAGGCACAAUAAGGACAUAAAAAAGUUUAAGCGCACCAGGGCUUGGUUUGAAUUUAAUAACUGCAUCAAUCUCGCUGGUGAUGAUAUGGACAAGAUUGAUUCUAUAUUUACAGGGUUACAGGCCAUCAGUUCUUCGUUCACUGAGAAAAUGGUGUCAGAUGAUAAUAACGAUUCCACGCACAGGGCUGAUAGGUUUUUUGGUCCAGUGCCUGAUGGUGAAAUAAAUGUUCAUAAUCCAGGAGUUAGCAGGAACAAAGGUUGUGGUAGUCGAUUAAAAAGUAGCCGGGAACUCUCUGCGCAGGACAGGAAGAAAAGGAAAUGUGGGAACUGUAACCAGAUGGUACGGCACAAUGCACGAACCUGUCCUGAACCCCCAAAGGACCCCGGAAACUAAUAAAGAUGUUUUCCACAUGGGCUGCUGCUUACAAGUAUAUGAAUGCUCUAUCUAAUUACGUUAUUUGUCGCUGAUCUUUGUGUGAACAUUGUCACUUGA